AUGGACCAGUCAUACGCUCCCCGGUCCCCCGAAUUGUCCGGAUACGCGCCUCGUUCUCCAGACUUGACCGCCUACCGACCGGUCUCUCCUCAGGCCCAGGACCUGUACGCUCCUCAAUCGCCCGAUCUUCCUGGUUUGCAGCAGCCUCAGCACCCCUACGCACAGCAAACAUCUAUUCCUUCCGGCUUUGGCUUGGAUCAGCAUCAGCAGCAACCGCUACGGCAGCACAUUCCUCAAACAUAUCCUCUUCAACAACCAGGUUACACACUCGCCCACCACUCUCUGCAACAGCCCUCGCAAUCAUUCUCAUCUGACCCCUACCAACAACAACAACAACAACUCGGCUUCGGUCAGCAAGCCGCCUACCAACAGCAGUACCCUCCCUACCCCGAAAUGCCUGUCCAGACCCGUAACAGGGGUGUGCGCACGCCCGCCGAGGUCGGAAGCUACAACUACGACAAUGGCAAUGUCAAGGAGGAGGAGCCCGCUUGGGAACAACACCCACAACCCAUCGCACAAACACCCGCUCGCCGCGGCAGAAAGCCGAAAAGCGAGACUGCCAAUGGUGCCGCCCCUCCAACUCCAAUGAAGAAGAUGGAUACCGGCGGUGUAGAGGUCAAGACAAAGUUCCCGACCGCAAGGAUAAAGCGCAUCAUGCAGGCCGACGAGGAUGUAGGCAAAGUGGCUCAAGUCACCCCAGUCGUAAUGGCACUCGAACUCUUCAUGAUCCGCCUCAUCUCCGCCAGCUCCGGCGUCGCCAAACAGCGCGGCUCCAAGCGUGUCCUCUCGCAACACAUGAAGUCCGCCGUCAUGCAAGACGAACAAUUCGACAACCUCCGCGACAUUGUCGGCAGAGUGCCAGACGCCCCAGCCAAGGGCGCCAACGGCGACGACUCUGAAGACGAGGAAAGCGCUCCCAAGAAAGGCGCAGGCAGAGGAAGAAAGGCUGGCGCAGCAGCCGGCAGCGGCAGAGGAAAGAAGCGAAGAGACAGUGACGACUUGUGA